AUGGACCUGCUCUUCACUUCACAGGAACUAGUCCCAAACUACCAGUGUGGUACCCAGAAGAAAAUAAUAGGUGUCAUUGGAGGACUUACCGCUGAUACCUCAUCACACAUGGCAAGCAUCUUAAGUCUUUGCAAGAUACCACAGUGCUUACAGCAUCCUGGUGGAGGUGGGAAUGAGAGGUGGGGGCUCCAACAGCCUGGACAGAGGUGGCAAGGAGGUGGCGGAGACGGUGCCCGAGCAGCGCGGCCCACGCCACGUGCCUUCCUGCUGGGCCUCAACCUCCUGGCCGCCCAGAAGCACCAGGAGAAGGAACACCAGGCCGGCAGCGACUGGGCCGAUGGCAAGGACAGCCCUGUGGCCACCCAGGGGCAGCUGCUGUCAUCGCUGUAUGGGGACGAGAGGGAGGGGGACGGCCAGCAGCCGCUUUCGUAUGGCUCAUUUAAACCAGAACGGGAUGAUUCGUCCCAGUUCUUUUCCUUUUACCGCAUGGUCCCCAGUGAAGCCCUUCUGUAUGAGGGGAUCGUCCAGUUACUUCUGCAUUUCAGGUGGAAAUGGGUUGGGAUCGUCACUAUGGAUAGUGAAAGUGGAGACUAUUUCUCGCAGACUUUGGAGCCGAUGCUUUCCAGAAAUGGAAUCUGUGUGGCCUUCACACAGAAGAUUCCAGAAGGUGUCCCGUUGGAAAGCCUUGAGGUCCUUUUGGCAUACAUCGACCGUAGCAAUGCCGAUUUCCUGGACAGCAAAGCCAAUGCAAUUGUUCUCCACACCCUUCUUCAGAGAAUUGCUUUCAACAACAGUGCUGGAGAUGAAGUGACCUUUAAUGAACAUGGAGAACUGAAAGGUGGAUUUGAUAUUAAAAAUUUGGUCACCUUCCCAAAUAACUCCUAUGUCAAAGUCAAGAUCGGGAGAUUGGAUCCUCAGGUUCCUCUUAGUAAAAGAGUAAUCAUCAAUGAAGAGAGAAUUGAGUGGCAUACAAACUUCGCCCAGGUGCCUCCUUUCUCUGUGUGUAAUGAUAACUGCAAGCCUGGUUCCAGCAGGAGAAAGAAGGAAGGGGAGAAAUUCUGCUGCUACAAUUGUGACCCAUGUCCAGAAGGGGAAAUGUCAGACAAAGAGGAUAUGGAUUAUUGCAUCACUUGCUCUGAAGGUCAUUAUCCAAACCAGGGUCAAGAUCAAUGCAUUCCAAAGGUUCCAAAUUUCCUUUCAUUUGCAGAACCUCUGAGCAUUAUUUUAGCCUUUGGGGCUCUUUUCUUUACUCUCGUCACAGCUCUGGUGCUUGCAAUCAUUGUAAAGUACAAGGGCACCCCCAUCGUUAAAGCCAACAACCGGAGCCUCACCUACGUUCUGCUCAUCUCUCUCUUUCUCUGCUUCCUCUGCUCCUUGCUCUUCAUUGGACAGCCUAAUGAGGUGACCUGCCUCCUCCGACAAAUGACUUUUGGCAUCAUCUUCUCCAUUGCUGUUUCUUCUGUCUUGGCAAAAACUGUGACUGUCAUUUUGGCAUUUAUUGCAUCCAAGCCAGGAAACCAUUUUAGAAAAUGGGUGGGAAAACAAUCAGCACAUUAUAUAGUUCUUUCUUGCUCCUUUGUUCAAGUUGGCAUUUGUGCUGUUUGGCUUGGUUCUUCUCCUCCAUUCCCAGAUGUGGACAAGAAUUCACUGAGUAAAGAAAUCAUCGUGCAAUGCAAUGAAGGGUCAGUCACUAUGUUUUACUGUGUCUUGGGCUACAUGGGAUUUCUUGCAACCAUCUGCUUCAUUGUUGCUUUCCUGGCCAGAAAACUACCUGACAGCUUCAAUGAAGCCAAGUUCAUCACCUUCAGCAUGCUGGUCUUUUGCAGUGUUUGGCUGUCCUUUGUCCCUACUUACCUGAGCACAAGAGGAAAAGACAUGGUGGCCGUGGAGAUCUUCUCCAUCUUGGCCUCCAGUGCUGGCUUGCUGGGCUGCAUCUUUCUGCCUAAAUGCUAUAUGAUAAUUCUGAGGCCUGAGUUGAACAGCAGAGAGCAGCUGAUAAGGAAAAAAACAUGA